AGCCCAUUUAAGACUGUUUAUUUAAUACAUAUUUAAUUGAUGGUUUUGUUUAGUUUACGAACUAUUUUCUUAUAAACUUUCACAGUUAGUUCAGUGUAUCGAGAAAGGCCGGACGCAAUGUAUCUCCUCAUCUUUCUCAUACUCUCAUCUAACGCGAACAGCUGUAGUGUGAACGAGAGAGGAACGCCAUCCGCUGAUUGUCUAGAAACGAGACAAAACGUAAAAUUUUGGAAAGGGAAGUCCAUUUUGCAAAGACGCGCUGAAAGACUUUUCUGGGGCAUAAACCAUAUCCGUCAAGAUGGUGUUUCAAAUGAAAAGGUUUUACAAAGAGCUACAAACCAGGUUAAAAAAGCCUGCGAGACCAUCUUUCGAUUUGAACCGUGGAACUGUACCAUCAAAAGAGAAACUUUCAAAAAAGCCAGUCGAGAGACAGGUGUACUGUACGCAAGUCUUGCAUCGAGCAUUGCAGACAGGAUAGCCAGAGACUGCGCAAAGGGCCAAAUGAAUUCAUUUUGCAAAAGCUGCAACCCUGACUGGCCAAAUCCCGGCUGCUCCCAACUCAACCAUGCUUGCGAAUAUGUGAGCAAUUUUUUGUCACUCAAGCCUCAAGAUGGUCACAUACAGCACAACGUCCUUGUCCACAAUUCGCUACUUGGACUCAAGAUAUUACUUGCUUCGGGUAUUAAGAAAUGCAAAUGUCACGGGUUUUCUGGUGCGUGCUCAUCAAAAACUUGUUGGAAUGUGCCAUCACCUUUUGUUGUCGUUUUGGCACAUUUAAAAAUAAAAUAUCAAUUAGCUCAACAAUGGCAACUUUCAAACAGAAUUAAAACUCCAAUCAUCAAUAAACUCCCAAACUUAGGCUACAUUGACCCAUCUGAAGACUUUUGCAAGUAUUCAAAAGGCAGGGCUUGCAGCGAUGUUAAGAACUGCGAAGAAGUCUGCUGCGGUAGAAAUUACACAGGGCGUAUUGUGAAGCAGCGCAAGUAUUGCGACUGCCGUUGGUAUGAAAACUAUGAGCUCAAAUGCAAUAUUUGCCUGACUUUUGACACUGAAUUUGACUGUAUUUGAAACGUUUGCAUUAAUGUUCAUAAAAUUCAUACUUCUGCGGUGAUUAGUCAAUUUUAGAUCUAAAUUUAUAUCCUAUUAGUCUUAUAGUUUUAUUUUCCAUGCUCAAUUUUAAAAUUUUGAAUAUUGAAGUAUUAUCAAACUGUUAUAUUGCGUUUUGUUUUUUAAGUAAGCAAACAUAACAUUUAAUGUCUAUUGUGAAAUAUCCUCAUGAGUGCGAGAUAUAGUUACCUAUCAUCUUGGUCAGCCUAUCCUCCAUGAUUUUGUAUGUCGGAUGCCUUUCGGUAGAUUUGAAUGGCUAAAGAUGGAAAAAUGUCAAAUCGCAUCUGACAAAUAAAAUAGUGAGGAUAGGGAGACCAGGAUGAUAGGUAAGUAUCAAACUAUAGAUUUUAAUUGUAAUUUGAUCAUUUCUGCUUUUCUCCUCGCUGCUUUACUGGAAGAUCGGAAACAACCAGACAAAAGGCUCAUCACCCUGCAGACCUCAACAAGGAACCAUAUAACAUUUAAUUGUUUGUUAAUCUUACUUAACUAUUCAAACGACAAAACAUUGUACAACUAAUUUCUUGUAAUUACUGACAGUAAUGUACUCAUUUUUUUCUCAAAUUGUUCAGAAGCAAAUGUCAUCAAACAUUGGCCCUCUUUUAUUAUUUUUAUAAAGGCUAUAAAAUCAUAAUAUUUUAUUGAAAUUAUAAUGUAAUACAAUAAUUAAAAUUAUCACAAUGAUAUCACAGUGUUAUGGUAUUAUAUGUAACCUGCAGGAAAGGCGUUGAAGAUAGCAAUUUGAAACAUUAACAUUUGAUAAAUGGACAAAAAAAAUAGUCGUUAGUAUGUAGUAAUUAUGUUUUAACAUAAAAA